AUGGAGGUGCGGCGGAGGACGGGCAGCCGAGCGUGUGUCUGGUGUUUAUGUUUGUGCGUUGCAGUGCUGAACUAUGAGAAUGUGGUGGAGACGGGCUCGGAGACCGACGAGGAGGAUAGGUUGGUGUUGGCCUCCGAGGAGAACCGCCUGGCUAACGGAGGAGGAGGAGACGGAGGAGGAGGAGGAGGAGGAGACGGAGGAGGAGGAGGAGACGGAGGAGGCGGUGGCGGUGCAAUGGGAGAGGAGGAAGAGGAGGAGGAGGAGGAGGUGGCGGGCGGCAGCAGCCCAGUGGCUGGCGUCCCCGCUAUGGAGGCCUCGCCGCGGGUGGGCCACGCCCUGCUCUCCUACCGGGGCCAAGAGGGCCCCGAGGGGGCCGAGGGCCGGAGGGACGGACGGCAGAGCCACCACCCCUGGGCCAUGGGAGAGGACAUGCAUGGGCACCUCAACGGCACCGAUGAAAGGCAGGAUGAGUAUCACCCACUGGGGCCCAAAGGCUCUCUUCAUGCUGUUGGAAAUGGUACAGGCAAGGGACUUGAAGGUGUCUCCGAGCUCAAUGACUACUUCCUGAAGCGCAAAAUGGAGGACAGCGAUGAACACCCAGCUAGCAUCGCAGAGUACCUGCAGCGCGGCGACACCGCCAUCAUCUACCCAGAAGCCCCGGAGGAAGUGACCCGGCUGGGAACGCCGGAGGCUAUCGGUCAAGAUGAAAACGAAAAUGACCUGCCCGGCGGCACGGCGGACGACUUCGCCCAGCUCCUGACCUGCCCGUACUGCGACCGGGGCUACAAGCGGCUGACGUCCCUGAAGGAGCACAUCAAGUACCGCCACGAGAAGAACGAGGAGAGCGUCCCAUGCCCGCUGUGCUCCGACACCUUCACGCACCGCGCACAGCUGGAGCGCCACAUGGCCACACACAAGCCCAGCCGAGAUCAGCCACAGCUGAUGAACGAGGGGGCUGGCAACCGCAAAUUCAAAUGCACCGAGUGUGGAAAGGCUUUCAAAUACAAGCAUCACCUCAAGGAACAUCUUCGUAUUCACAGUGGUGAGAAACCAUAUGAGUGCUCCAACUGUAAGAAGCGGUUCUCCCACUCUGGGUCAUAUAGCUCUCACAUCAGCAGCAAGAAAUGCAUUGGCCUGAUUGCAAUCAAUGGAAGAGUACGCAAUGGAAACAGUGCCAAGCCUGGCUCCUCACCCAACUCCACCACAUCUUCCCCUGGCAGUCCAGCCCUGGCCCAGCUCCGCCACAAACUAGAGAAUGGCCGCCCCCUAGGCCCACAAGACCAGCAGGGUCAGCUUGACAUCAAAGCAGAGCCAAUGGACUUCAAUGACUAUCGGCUAUUGAUUGCUUCUCAACAUGGCUUUGGGGGCCCAGGGGCGUACAUAAAUGGAAAUGGCCAUGGAGGAGGAAGCCCCCUGGGAAUCCACAGCUCAUCCCAGAGCCCCCUGCAGCACCUGGGGGGUAUGGGACUGGACCUCCCCCUGCUUGGCUACCCCGGUUCUCUUGGGAAUAACCUGAGUGAGGUUCAGAAGGUCCUCCAGAUCGUGGACAACACAGUGUGCAGGCAGAAAAUGGAUGGGAACCCAGAGGAGAUCACCAAGCUCAGGGCCUACAUGAAGGAGUUGGGAGCCCAGAUGGAGGAGCACAAGCUUGCCCUCUCCGCAAGAGCCGGCUUCCCAGUGGUUGGCCAGAACAGCCCCACCAAGAGUAUCAUAGACUACACCCUGGAAAAAGUCAAUGAAGCCAAGAGCCUUAUUGAUGACUCCAAAAGGCAGAUGGACAUCAAAAAGGAAAAGCCAAACCACUCCAUGGACUUCGGCGGAGAAGAGAAGUCCCAUGACAGCCAGCCCCAGUUCCUGCCAUUCUCCUGUCAGUUCUGCAAGGAGGCAUUCCCUGGACCCAUACCACUGCACCAACAUGAGCGCUACCUGUGCAAGAUGAAUGAGGAGAUCAAAGCAGUGCUGCAGCCAGUGGAAAAUGGACCCAGCAACCGCAGGGGCUCAAUGGCAUCCGAGCAGCAGGCUGUCUUGCUCUCAAGCACUCUCUCAGAGAGGGGAGCCACCAGCCCCAUCAACCCUUUUAAGGACCACGUAUCAGUGCUCAAGGCCUACUUUGCUAUGAACACUGAGCCCAACUCAGAGGAACUUUUGAAGAUUUCCAUCGCUGUGGGCCUCCCUCAAGAAUUUGUCAAAGAGUGGUUUGCCCAGUGGAAGAACCAAAACAACCACAAUCAGAGGAAAAGGUCCCCUCCACCUGACCGCAGUGGCACCGAGGCCAACCACUACCUGAACAGGUCACCCAUGUCCUUGGUACAACAGGCGAUGGCACACUCUGCAGAUUUACAUGGGGGUUCCAACAAUGGCGAUGCCUUGCACAGACUUUCAAAGGCUAACCAGUUUACAGCUAACAGACAUGCAGGGGAAAAACCACUAGACCCCAUGGAUCACUUGAGGAGCAGCACUCCAUCCCCGCUCAAUCUCUCCUCAACUUCUUCCAAAAACUCUCAGAGCAGCUCUUACACUCCAAACAGCCUAGCUUCUGAGGACAACCACGGUGACGCUCCCUUGGAUCUGUCCCUGCCAAAACACAUGACCAACUACAACAAGAGGAUCUCCACGGGAGAAAAGCGUCCCAGGCCCAAUGGUUACAUGAUUGAGCGCAACGGCGAUGCUCAUGUCAAAGAACAAGGGACCGGGCCUAUGGAUUUGGCCCACAUCAAGAAGGAGUUUCUUGGCUCUGACCACAACACUGGAGGGAACGCUGGCCAUCAGCUCGAGAAGAGCACCAGUCCCAUUUUUGGUAUAAAUCCAUUUACUGGAGGCCACAUCUAUACGUCCCUGCCACCUCAUGGCGCCUUCCCUCCACCAUCCUUCAUGUCCCAGGCCCAGGCCAGCAUCCCAGGCCUCAGGCACUACCCUGGGCUGGACCAUAUGAGCUUCCUGCCCCACAUGGCCUACACUUAUGCUACUGGGGCAGCUUCAUUUGCAGAAAUGCAACAGAGGAGAAAGUACCAACGGAAACCAGGUCUCCAGGGGGAGCUAAUGGACAGCACCGCCGACUAUCUGUCAGGCCUAGAGGACCUGACAGACGAAUCGCUCCUGUCCAGGAAGAAGAUGAAGAAGACUGAAAGUGGCAAGCGUCCACACCAGUGCCAGAUCUGCAAGAAGGCCUUUAAACACAAGCACCAUCUCAUUGAGCACUCGCGACUGCACUCGGGCGAGAAGCCCUACCAGUGCGACAAGUGUGGCAAGCGCUUCUCCCACUCGGGCUCCUACUCGCAGCACAUGAACCACCGCUACUCCUACUGCAAGCGGGAGGCAGAGGAGCGGGAGGCGGCCGAGAGGGAGGCCCGUGACAAGGGCAGCCUUGAGCCCACUGAGCUGCUGAUGAGGAGGGCCUACCUGCAGGGCCUGGGGCCCCUGGGAUACUCAGACCCAGAGGACCCACAGGAGGAGGCGGCCGGCACCAUCCUAAGGGACGGAACUGAGGGAGGCAUGAGAGGCCGGGAGAGGGAUGUGGCCGAAGCGUACAAGGAGGUGACAGACAGACGGGAGGCAAGUUUCAGAGGGAUGGAGGUGGGGGAGGAGGAUGAAGGAGACAGCAGGAGCCUGGGUACGCAGAUGGGCUCGACGCGGGAUGACGGCGAGGGCAAGGAUACGACACAUUUGAUGGAUGAGAGUUCGAGAGAAGGGAAAACAGACGGAAAGUCGGACCAGGAGGAAGCGGACUGAUUCAGAGUGGAGUUACUUACAGUCGAGGAGGCAACACAAAGCAAGAGGAAAACAUUUGUUUCAGCAAAUAUUUGUCAUGUUGGUUUGUUUAAUUUCCUUUUUCUCAUCCUUCCAACAAACAUGAAACCUGUUCCAUGUCAGAAACGUAAGGCACAGGCUUGAUCUUAGCAGAGCGCUUGCUUUUUUCUUCUUUUCUGUUGUGGAAGAUUGUAAAGAUGGAUUUGAGAUGCAAUGUGGUGACUGCCAACAUCAGAGUCGUGAUAACAAGCUGGGUGGGAUUGUUUAAAAAUCCACGAUAUGCAAAAAAAAAGGGAAGUAAUAAUGAUUAUCAUUAUAAUUAAAUGAGAUGAAGCUGUUUUUAAUGUACAGUAUUAUAAAGGCCUAAAAGCUGUGUGGUGCUAAAAUGUUCUUAACCUUUUCGUGUUUCAUUGUGUUCAUACCCCAAACCAGGAAAUUGCACUCUGCCCCCCUUAAUCACUACAAAAACACUUUUUUGGAAAAAAAAAUAAAGAAAAAAGCCUAUGGAUAUUUAUACCAUGCUUGAAGACUCAGUAGCAGUCCGUCGAUGUUGUAUUUUGUCUGCCACUUACUGUGAUGUCCUUGGGAUUUACCCUCUUUUUGCAAGGCAAACUAACCACACAAUUUUGGGCCUCACUAUUUCUUUAUGUGAAGGAACAUUAAACCUGUGUGAUUUUUAAUAUGUUGAUGUGAGUCUUAAAAAAAAUGGACCGGAGAGGAAAAUAGUGAUGGGGAGAAAUAACAAAAUAAUAUAGGCUCUGUGGAAGUGUGACAGAGUUUUUGUGUGUUUUAUUUUCUCAAGAGAAAGCCUUAUAUGCAAACCUUUUCACCUGUGCGUUUCUGCAAGUGCCAUCCUUGUACAGUGUAAAUCAGAGUUGACCUGUGUUAUCUUUGCUCUGGCUUCAGUAUUAAAUGGAUAUUUCACCUUGUUUUUUGAAGUACCUAUGACAGUAUUAGCAUAGAUAGACAAGCAGUUUGUUAGUUUACAUAUGUUUGUGCAAUUUUUUUCUGUAUUUUUUCCAUGACCUUUUGUCAGUAUUACUUUUUUUGUUUUUGUUGAUUUUUCCAACAUAAAUUUUGUUUUGUUUUUAUUUUAAGAUUACCAUUUUAUUUAUGUGACUCAUUUUAUAUUUCCUAAUUUUAUUUAUUUCAUACUGUAGUGUACAGUAUUAUAGUUCCUCAACAAAUAGAUAUAUUUUAGUAAAAAGAUUCUGUCAUUGACUAUUGGAGCAAAAUAUGAAUAGAGAGCGUCUAUGGUAUUUGGAUUUUUUUCAAUUUUUUUCUUUUUAUGUUUUAUUUCCUUUCAACUACUGGAAAUUCAAAAUUUGGGGAACUUUUGAUACAAUAUUGUGAAAACACUGUAUUUUUGAGAGUAAAAAAAAUUAUAAAUCCACUUUAUUCAUCCCACUGAAGAGGUGAAGAGGGACUGUUGAUGAUGAAAUUCCUGAAAUGUCUGAAGUAUUACUGAAUUUUUAAUUUCUCUUGGAAAUGACCAUGCUCAAAUAAAUGUAGCCAAAUUAAAUUUUAAUAAAGCUGUGUUAUUCUUCUUGUACCACUUCUACUUCUAUUUUAUUCACGAGCUCCCAGAUAUAGACGGAUAGCAAGCAAAUGUUACAGGCUAUCCAUAUUGCAGCCAAUGGCUACCAGGUUACCAGGUUGUUGUUUUUUUACAAAUACAAUUCAUAUUCAAAUCCAAUAAAAAAAAUGCUGGUUAUUUUGUUGUGUUAUUAUACAGAAUUCAUCAUGACAUAAUUGAAUAUGAAACGACUAAAUCGAUCAUAUUCCUUAUCAGUAUUUCCAAAACAUAUAUCACCGUGAGAACCAAUAUGCAUAUUUUUUAUUAAUUCUGAUUGGAAAAACGUAACAAUAUAAUUCAACUGUAGACCUACAAAAACCUUUUACAGGCAACGCAUUUUAACAGGCUUGUAAGGCUCUCGUUUAAUUAGGAAAAGUUUAAUUAAAGCAAUGCCUCUGUAACUAGGUCUACCGUAGGCCUAUUAUCUCAAGUCUCACUCGAGAUGUCAUUUAUGACAAGUCUUUGCUCUUGUAUAACAGUUUGCAUUGAACUUUUACCUUCUGAUGUGGAUUCUAAUUUUAUGUGGGAUAUUUCUUGGAGCCAGUAUAUGAUAGAUUUUAUAGAAUUAGUUAAGACUCUUUGAAGUAUAAAAAGCACCAGCUUGAGAUACAAUU